GUAAGCCGCGUCCGAAAUGAACGUUACCGGACAACUUAACGAGUUACCGGACGACUCGGACGCGCUGAGACCGUUCUUGUCCAGGCUGAGACACCUGGUACAGGCUGAGCUGGACCCCGUCCACACGCCGCAGUUCUCCGACGGCUUUCUCCUCAGGUUUCUGCGAGCCAGGGAUUUUGAGGUGGAGCUGGCGUUAAAGCUGUUCUUGAACUACCAGCAAUGGCGUAGGGUGAGUCCAGAGAUCAGCAGCUGUCUGUCUCCUAGUUCAGUCCUGGGCCUUCUCAACAACUGCUACCACGCUGUCCUCCCUGAAAGAGAUCACAGCGGGAGUAGGGUGCUGGUGUACCGGAUUGGACAGUGGGUUCCUAAGGACUGGUCCGCUUUCCAGGUGUUCCGCGUUAGCCUGAUGACAUCAGAGCUAAUUUCCAUGGAAAUUGAGACCCAGAGGCGGGGCCUGAAGGCCAUAUUUGACCUAAAGGGGUGGAGCUUUGGCCACGCCAUGCAGAUUAACCCCUCCCUCGCAAGGAAGAUAUCCUCUGUACUUACGGACUCUUUCCCACUGAAGGUGAGGGGCAUCCAUCUGAUCAAUGAGCCCAUGUUUUUCCGUCCCGUCUUUGCCAUGAUCCGCCCCUUCCUGCCGGACAAGAUCAAACAGAGGAUUCAUAUGCACGGCGCUGAUUUCUGUGAGACUUUGACUGAUUUCUUCACACCGUCGCUCCUCCCUCCUGAGUACGGAGGAGAGGGGCCUAGUGUGGAGGAGGUGUGUCAAGAGUGGACAAACCAGCUGCUUCGAUCAGAGGCCCUCCUGGAGCAGAUCGCCACCCAUCCGACGGGUGACAUCGCCGUUGACCCUGGCAACUCAGUCCCGACAGAGACGGAGACUACACCGACAGAGACGGAGACUACACCGACAGAGGCGGAGACUACGCCGACAGAGACGGAGACUACGCCUCCAGUGGUGCAACUCUCUGAGGGGUGACGUUGCAGAUGUUGGCCGAGUUACUUAUCCGCACACUUUGAAAACACCCAUGUAGUUCAUCGCUCAUUGAUGUAUACACUGAUACUCACCCUUACGUACACAUUCGUAGAUGGAUGUGUAUUGCUCUGGGGUUGGAAGGGGUUGAUGUCGGCGAAAGCUUUGGCUAGAUGGACGUCAUCCUUAAGGCAUUGAAAUCAUUCCAGGAAUCAGUUCAGCCGCCACGGUGACGCCUAACAUCACCUUUAAACAAACACUCUGUGCUCUUCACAUCUCAGGAGGGGGAAACACAAUAAGAAGGAAGAAUCAAGGAAUCACUCGACUGAAGGCUGCGUCUCAAUCAGAGCUCCCGAUUCUCUCGCUCCAUCGGUGUGUUUAUCCACCCUGCAGGCAUAUCAUCCAUCCAUCCAUCCAUCCAUCCAUCCAUCCAUCCAUCCAUCCAUCCAUCCAUCUAGCCACUCAUACGUACGCGCUAAUCAGAAGUUUGACAUCCAACACAACAUGUUACAUUCUUUUCUGUUCUGUUCUGGAAUUCUUGUUUUUAUAGUUUUAUGGUUUAUUCAUUUUAAAUAUUAUAAUCUGUUGAGUAAAAUGAAAAUAUCCGCGGUAAAUCAAGAGGAAUGAUAAGAGAAUAAAAUACUAAAGAGCAAAUAGUAUGAUUAUAUAUAUAUAUAUAUAUAUAUAUAUAUAUAUAUACACACACACACUAUAAUGUAUAUUAUAUACACAUUAUAUACAUUUGUAUAUAUAAUGUAUAUAUAAUUCAAUUCUUUUGAAAUGAUUAUAUACAUUAUAGAUCAAGUAAAAGCAGGCCUUCGAAGCUAGUUUCUAACUACACCGUGCCUUAAGAGGGA